AUGACUUGGAACUUCUCUAAAGCAGGUCAUGGAAAGGGAGCUCCAGACGAUAUUGGUGGAGUGAUAAAACGUACUGCUGAUCGACUAGUGGUUUUAGGAGAAGAUAUUUCUGAACUUAAAUGUCUAGUUGAGCAAGUAUCAAAUCGUUGCUCUGGAAUUCAGUUACAAGUUGUCACUGAAGACUCUUUUCAAAAAAUUGAGGGCGAAUGCUCAGUUCCAAAUGAUCUCAAAGCUUUCAAAGGAACUAUGUCCAUUCAUCAAAUAACUUGGAAUGCAAAUAAAUCUAAUACCAUUUUAUGCAGAAGACUUAGCUGCUUGCAUUGUACGAGCUCAGAAAUCUGUUCUCACUACCACUUAGGUGAAAUAGUUGUGCCUAUCAGAUCCGAAAGAAUCAGAUACAGCGAAGUAUAUAGCUCCAGCUCUGAUGAAGGUUCUUCUUUCACUGAAGAAAAGCACGAUUUUAAAAGUCCUACUGUUAGUGAUGAGAUUUAAGAUAAAAAAAUAGUCUGGGAAACGCACGACUUUGUUUUCAUAAAAUAUGGAUCUUGCUUUUUUCCAGGUCAAAUAAGAGAAAUUCGAGACUCAGGUGCAGUGGUUAGUUGUAUGGAAAAAUAUGGACGUCUGUGCACUUCUUGGAAAUGGCCUGUAAACCAAGACUGUCUGUGGUACAAAUUUAGUGAUAUUGUUCAAAAGAUUGAUCCUCCUAACCUUAAAAUUAGAAAUAUUUAUUGAGUUCCGUCCAUGGCUGAAUAUAUUGACUAAAAACUGACGAUGAUAUUAGAU